AUGAAGGAUAAUACUCAUUGUAUGAAUGAAAAAUUAAAUCCUAUCAAUGACAAGAUUGAUCAAACAGCUCUCGAUACGGAACUACAUCAUGAAACGCUGAUAAAAUUAAUGCCUACACUCGUAUCGAUAGUUGGUGAUUUUAUUUGGCCGAUGAUGAAUCACAAUGUUGCCGGAUUAAGAGAAAAACAAUCGCAAUUACAAAAAAUCUUCAAUAAUUUGGAAGUACUACUAUCUCAUCUAAAAUCGGAUUAUACAACUCGACGAAAACGCAGUACAUCUCCACCACCACGACUCGCUCCAUCUGAACAAUCAUCAAAAGCGUCUAAUAAUACUCCGAACAAUGAAUCCGAUCAGUUUUUACCAAAGUUGGCGAGUUAUGGAAUACAUCUCGAAUACCUCAUUUCAAUAUUUUCCACCAACAUGGAACAAAUAAAAGUGGAGGUGUACGUGUAGCAAUAGGAAAACAUUUAAUAGGCUCAAGAAUAGAUUUUAAUGUUGAAAACACAGUUGUUGUUGAUGUUAACGAGUUUUCUGAGAAAAUUAGAAUAAUCGCUAUUUAUUGGCCGGUAGGUCAGACUAGGUUGUUAGAAGAGUUAGAGCCAUACAUCAUUGAAAAUACAAUAAUUACUGGUGGUUUUAACGCAUCCAUAAAAGAAUGGGCGGAGAAAAAUAAUCUUUGUUACAUUCCAUCGAUAUUGCACUUGUCAAAACGUUCGAACAGAAACAUUGAUUUAACGUUUACAAACAUAGGAGAAACAAGAGGAGAAACUUUAAAAAUGAGUAAUAGUGAUCACUGGCCUGUAAUGAUAAUGUGUGAGAAUGUGGGAUUUGAUAAAAAUAAAAUGUUUUCCCCAUGUGC